AUGGCGGACCGAGUCACUCCUUCCUUUGGAAAAUUAGUUGCAUCCAAAACUCUUGAUGGCCAUACUGGCUUCAUUUGGGAUGUAGCCCUUUCCGGCAAUGGUCAAAUCCUUGCCUCGGUCUCCAAUGACAUGAUGAUCCGUCUAUGGAACGCCAACACCGGUCUCCAGCGUGGUGCCGCAAAAGACAACGGCCAUUCUAACUGGGUGCGCUGUGUGAGAUUUUCCCCCGCGGGCCGAUUUUUGGCCACUGCUUCCGAUGAUAUGAGUAUUCGCAUCAGCGACGUGAAUACCGGGUUCACCUACCGCAUGCUCCAGGGCCACACCGGCAGAGUGCGAGCGGUGGAAUUUUCCCCCGACGGAAGAACCCUCGUUUCGGCCUCUGAUGAUUUCACUGUACGACUGUGGAAUGCGAGCUCUGGCUCGCUGCUUAAAACCCUCAAUGGGCACUCGGGUUGGGUGCGCGCUGUAGCCUUUUCACCUGAUGGAAAGACUCUCGCUUCAACCUCGGACGAUAAUUCAAUUCGCCUUUGGGACACAGUCACCGGCAAUCAAAUUCAUCAACUAAAUGGCCAUGAAUCCUCAAUCAGGGCCAUCUGCUUCUCUCCUAAUGGGAAACUGCUGGCGUCCGGGUCACAGGACAAGGACCUGCGCAUUUGGGAUACGACUUCUGGCGCCCUUCUCAAUGUCCUCCGGGGACACUCUGGACCUCUGCGUGUGAUCGCAUUUUCUAAUGAUGGGAACCUGGUGGCAUCAGCGGCCGACGACUUGACCAUCCGUGUAUGGGCUGUGCCGUUUGGGUUUGCCUGCGUCCGAGUCUUAACAGGCUAUUCGGGAUGGGUCCGGGGCAUUACUUUGUCGCGCGAUGAAAAAAUGGUAGUCUACACAUCUGAUGACAUGACUAUCAAGAUUUGGAAAUCGGCGUGA